AAAAUUUUUAUCCGUGGACCCUACAAGAGAAAUUAAUGAUUUGGAUUGAUUUUUUCUUUUAAUUUAAUUGUUUUUUUUUUAUGUGUUUAAGGCAAUUAUUUAGGAAAAUGCAAAGAUCUAAAAAAUUUCGGCACGGCAAGUAAUCGUGAGACCCCUGGCGGCCCGAAUGCAAAAGUUCCAAAAAAGGGGCGUGGCACCAAAUUCAGAUCACGAACGAAACAAUUCCGAAACUUUGCUGACUUUGACGUAAAUAAACGGUGAAAUCGGCCGACUUUGUCCACAUUCGUCGGCUAUGACUGUGCGCCCGGAUUUCUGACGAUUGCAAAAUGAAUCACAGCCACGAGCAGAGCAACCAGCAGCCAAGAACAACCACCACGAACCAGGGCUGCAUGAAGGUCUUUGUCCAGAGAGACUACAGCGAUGGCACCCUGGUCAAGUUCAACACCUGGUUCCCACCUGAACUCGAGGACAAAAUAGAGAGGCACGCUUUCGAGUACACAAUAAACCAACUGAACGCAAUGUACACUGAAGCGGAAAAAGCAGGUUGCGGGACUUAUUGUGAGGGGUGCAUGGCCUGCCUCACAGCUUAUCUCAUGUACAUGUGCACGGAGACUCACUACGAAAAAUGUUUGAAGAAAAUUGCCAAAUUUGUGGUGGAGCAGAACGAAAGAGUUUACGUACCAAGAGGACUUCUGUUGACAGACCCUUCCGAGAGAGGGCUAAGAGUUAUUGAGAUUUCAAUUUUAAAUGAGCCAGCAACUGCGACGUCUAGGUCAUGACUUUCCCUUUCUCUGUCCACGGAAGAAUUUUUCAUGUAACCCGUAUUCUAACAACGCCCCUGAGAUUUUCAUGUGUAAAGUAGGACUCAUCAUUUCCCUCGCCAGACCAUUUUUCUAAACGAUUUUCAUAUGGAAAAAAACUCUUCACUUGGUAAUUUUAGCAAUUGUUUGGAAUGCAAGGGAGUUUACUUGAAAAGAUAAUUAUAUACCUCAUAAAUUAUAUUUGUAGGGCCAAAAUCUGUGCAUUUUAUUGUUGGUAUAAUUAGUGGUGCAUUCCUUGGUUUUGUCCUCGUGCUCCCAUUUAAAAAAAGAAA